AGGCCCGCCCCCCCGGCUUUGUGGUUGGCUGAAGGGAGGCCUUCCUGUGACCCACUUCCGCCACUUUCUGCUGUGGACUCUGGGCCGCCCGGGUCGGUGAAGGAUCUCAAGAUGGCUGGGCGAAAACUUGCUCUAAAAGCCAUUGACUGGGUAGCUUUUGGAGAGAUCAUCCCCCGAAACCAAAAGGCCAUUGCCAACUCCCUGAAAUCCUGGAACGAGACCCUCACCUCCAGGUUGGCUACUCUCCCUGAGAACCCCCCUGCUAUCGACUGGGCUUACUACAAGGCCAACGUGAAGAAGGCUGGCUUGGUAGAUGACUUUGAGAAGCAGUUCAAGGCUCUGAAGGUUCCUGUGCCAGAGGAUAAAUAUACUGCCCUGGUGGAUGCUGAAGAAAAAGAAGAUGUGAAGAGUUGUGCUGAGUUUUUGAACCUCUCGAAGGCCAGGAUUGAGGAGUACCAGAGAGAGCUGGAGAAGAUAAAGAACAUCAUCCCAUUUGAUCAGAUGACCAUCGAGGACUUGAACGAAGUCUUCCCAGAGACCAAGUUAGACAAGACGAAGUACCCCUACUGGCCGCACAAGCCCAUCGAGAAUUUAUAAACUCGCAUCCCCGGGGGGGCUCUGGUUCUCCCAACUCUGAAUAUUAAAACAAUUAGGUAGCCCCGGU